AUGCACUUCAUAAUUCAGAAUAUUAAGAAGACAGCUCUACUCUCUGAACAUGUCAAUCUGCUUAUCACUGACAUGAAACCCGAGACAGCAGAUCAGAAAAUGCAGGAUUUUAAGAUGCAGAUUAAUCUGCCUGAGAGAAAGCAGCAGAAACUAUUCUCUAAAAAAGCAGUGAAGAGAGAUUUUAAAAUGAUUAUCAUCUCAGAUAAGUAG